AUGCAAUCCAACGAUUCAUUAAGGGAAUUAAAUGCCAAGCUCUUGACUGAGAUUGCCAAACUUAGGAAAGAGAAUACUAAAAUUCCUGAACUUAGAGAAAAGCUACUAAGAUUUGCUGAGAUUGAGGCUGAGAAUGCGAGGUUGAAGCAAAUUAUUGAGGAAAAUGUAAAGCGCGAUGUUAGAGUCGAGGAAUUAGAGCAAAGAAUAAAGAGCUUGAGACCAGACUCGUUUAUUACUUCAGAAAAUAGCUCUGAUCUAACAUCUGAUUCUGGUACAUACCAGGAAAAGAAUAGCCGAUCCUCCACGUCUUCUAUUACUAUAAAAACUACAUCAUCGGAAGAGAAGAAAAUUAAUGAUUUCCUGGAUAGCGUACAUAAAGAAACGGUUAGUGAGAAAAUAAGAGAAAAGAACCGGGAAAAGAAGCUUCAACGAGAAACAACUACCCAAGAAUUAUCAGACGAUAAAAAAACCACUUUCUCUGAGAAUGAUAAUCAAAAUUCAAAUUUGUCAUGUGAUAUGAAAACCGUUCCCUCGGGAAACGAUCAAGUUUCAAAUUUAUCAUGUAAAACAAAAACCAUUAGUUCGAGAAAUAAUCAAACUGAAAUAUCUGAAUUGGAGCAAGAUGAUAAUACUAUCUCUACUGAGAUUAAUAUAUUAAAUAAUAAAGGUAGGGCUCAACAUCUAUCUAAUUUAUUUAAAACGGUAAUCAAAUCUCGACAACAGGAAAUUUUAAACUGGUAUUAUUAUUCCCUUGAAUUCGAAAACAGGAUUCAUGUUAUUACAACUGAUGAGCUAGAAAACUUCUUAUGGCUAUUCGGAGAAAAUGGAGUCGGAAUAGAUAAAAUUAAGCUAAUUACAUAUAGUGCAAAUGAAAUUUCAAAAUUGGCUGAUGUACAAAUUCAGAAUAUUAUAGAUCAAGAACCGUUCCCCAGAAACCAAGAGAUUGAUCGAGAUUCUGAUCCAUCAGAAGUCAAGAUACAGGUAAGUGCGUCCGAUAACUCGCGGAGUGGGGAUGCUAUCGCAUCUGAAGAUUCCAACUAUGAAUACGAUUUUGAAGAUCCCUUCGAUAACAACGAAGAUGACUCACGGAGUGAGGAUGCUAACGCAACUAGAGAUAAUGAAAAUGAUGAAGAGUUCUUCAAUAAUAACGAAUAUGAUAACGAUGAAGGAGGGUUCUGUGGAUUUUUUGACGAUGAUGAAGAAGGAUAUUAUUAUGAUUUAAAUACCGGCGAAACUUAUACAAAAUCGGACCGUUCAAUCUACGCAUAUUAA